AUGGCUCACAAUCCUUUCUCAUCGACCACCAACAGCAAAACCGACGAUAACCUACAGCCUACCAAGUCCUCACAAAUCAGUCACAUUCACACCGAAGAAACUCUGGAGUCAGGGCAAUCAACCAUGGCUCACACUCCACAAUCCAGCGAAAAUGGCCUGAAUGACGACGUGCAUCCAGACAUCAAUCCGAACGACAAGCUCAGCAUCCUCCACCUCGUCACCUUGUGCUUGAACGGCUGGAGAAUUCAGAAAGGACGAGGACCACGCCACAACGAGUUCUGCCUCUACUGCCGAGCAGAUGUGACCGAUUCAACGCAGAUGCUUGUACACGCGGGAAACAAAUGCGGAAAUGCAUGGCCGGUGUCGUGUUUCCUGACCCUCAUCAAAUGGGAAUGGGCCAAUCGUGUGCGACGCCCGAGGAGCCCCAUGCGAUGUCCCAUGUGUCGACAUGCCAUCUACACGGUUCCCAUGAUUCCUCCGACUUGGAGCCAGAGCAGCUGCGGAUUCGCUGACGAUCCAAACGUGCUCGUCAAGAUCAGCUUGUUCUCUCCAGACUUCGUCGUCAAAUGUGCCGCUGCCACCAUGGAGAAGGCUCGUCCGAUCAGUUUCAUCAAGCAGGCUGAUCUCAAGCAGGUGCCUAUGUUUCCCGAAGAAAAGAGAUUGUUCACCCUCUGCAGCAGUAUAACUGUGAUGGGGAAUCCUGGUGACGGUGCAGGAGAGACUAUUGAUGUCAAUUUAAACCCGGUGCUUCCCUCAUUCGUGUCUGGUUUGAGCAGUGAGCAGCCUGACAACCACCCAUCUUCUCCCGUCUUCGACACAUGGGUGCUGAUCGAUUUUGGACACAACAUCUUCCGAGCAUGCACGUUUCUGCCAUCGCAGAUGGAAGAGUUGCAGAGGUCACUGAUCAAGGCCGGGCUACAUUACGAAGAAGUCAAUGAGUCGUAUUUCUCGAGCGCCAGCACAGGUCUCGCACAAGGCGGUCUGGCAGCGGCGCUCGACGGUAUCACGGCCGGUGAGCUCGACAGAGACAUGACGGAGGCUCAAGAAGCUGCCAAGGUGUAUUUCUGCGAGUCUGAGAUUGUCAAAAGCCUCGAAUCAGAGCCAUGGCGCCAGCACGCGAACUUCCACUUUCUCAAGUUGAUGUUCGCGGCCGGACGGGCGAGCAGCGACGGCGUCGUGGAGAAUCCCCUGUACAAAGCAUUUUUGCAGAGUGUUGCGCUGGCGGAAGAGCGGGAUCGCGCUGCCAGACUCACGGCCGUGCAGAAGAAACAGUCACAGUUGGUACAAAAUCAGCCUGGAGCCGACGGAAAAUCAAGCUCGGCUUUUGGUGGUUUGCCACCCCCACUUGGUGGCCCUCAUUGGUCAGCUGCUCAUCAGGCUGCUUAUGCUCAGUAUUUUCAACAGGGUCACCUUCAAGACGAGGAAGAGGAGAAUGGGUGGGGAGAUGAGGAAGACCAAGAGGAUGAAGAGGGUGAAGAGGGUGAUGAUCACGACAACUCCUCCGACAACUCGGAGGCUAAUCAGUUGGCGACUCACAAUGCUACAUCGUCAAAAAUAGUGCCAGAAACCGUGUUGAAAUCACCGGCAACCGUGUUGGAUGGUUUGGAUGGGAUUGACAAUAAGAAGAAUACGGAUCUGACGAUGACGGGGACUUCCGCCUCGGAAAACAAGGGAGAGUGA